UAUCAAAGUAAGCUUUUGGGACAAGUGGGACAGUCAGUGUGUGGGGUUCAAAAUAAAAGGUGUGUGCUGUGCGCGGUGUUUUUCCCCAAAGAAAAUCCAUUUCUAGCUGUUUUUCAGAUGAUUUAGCAUCAUGUCCAUGUUGUACUUAACCCGCUUGGUGAUAAACUUCUGGCGGGACAACGCCACAUGCCUCCUAAGCGUUGGCGUUGUCCUCUUUGCUGGACUCUGCAUCACUGUCAGCCUCACCCUGGGUCUCUUUAUAAUUGUACUGUAUAUUUGUGGAGCAAUGGUUGGUGCAGUAUUAUUAAGUAAUAGAGAAACUAUUGCCAAAUAUUUGGGAAAGACCAAAGACUUCCUUGGCUUUCAGGAUUAUGUGGACAAAGAUAGUCCUGAAUGCAGCCUGUGCGGCAGAAAGUCAUGUGAUGAACACAGAGCUCAUCAGUGGCGACCAAAAGAGCCUUGGCGUGGAUGGAGUGUUGAUGAGCAACUUGACAAGGCUGUGGAUCGUUUCUACACUCGCAUUCUCACAAGUUUCGUUGAGAGUUGGUUCUCCCUUGUUUCCCGGAAUGAAGAUUUCGUGCAGCUACUGAAGGAGAACCUGCGAGAAGCAACUUGUAGACUUGUCCUAAAAAUGCGCCAAAUAGAUGCCCCGCUGCUUCUAACAGACAAACUCCUUCCGUGUGUCUUUGUCCACCACGAAACUGUCGCUAAGAUGCUGGCCGAGGGUGUUUCUGUAGAGAAACUCUCAGCUACUUUUGUGCAUCAGGAAUUCUCUGUUCAUCCGGCAGCGCUCAAUCGUGGCGCAGAACUUGAAUAUCUUCGUGGAGUGGCUAGAUGUCUCAUGCCACGCCUUUUGAAUAUUGAUCAGCUCGAAAGCAGAGUUCUGGGUACACUUCUUCGAGAACUCCUAACUUGCUGGGUUCUUCUUCCAAUCAUGGAUGCCAUCUCAGAUCCAAAUCUCAUUAAUCUCCUAAUUGUUGUUGCUACAAAUCCCCGAAGUACACCCAUGACCUUCAGGGAAAGCUACAGAGUUAUCUUCCUGGAGGCAUUUGUCCAACGUAAGGAUUCUAUUCCGGCGCCUGGAUGGGCUUCAUGUGACGAUCUCCUAGCCGAUCAAACCAAGCUUUAUUCAUUCAUGCAAUUUCUAAAACGUGAAGGCGCCGUAGAUAUGCUGCGCUUUCACUUGGACGUGGACAAUCUCAAUAGGGAACUCCUUGAUCCCCGACUCACCACGGAUCCCGCCAAAGUUUCAGCCCUUCAGCAGCAAUCGGAGAAGCUGUUGGACACUUAUCAGACACAGAUGCAAAAGCAAUUCGGCGCUAGCAGUGUCAAGACUCUGACAGAGGCUCAUGAGGUUAUCAGAGAGAGUCUCCAGGGUCGUUGGAGGAAGGCCUUUCGCAACACUCCUGAAUACUUCCGACUUAUCUAUGGCGAUAGGGAUGUGCAUGCAAUUGAGGGUAGCCACAAUCAGGGUCAAGGUGGAUCAACGAUUUCUCGGCUUUCGAAGCUCAAGGGCGUAAUCCGGGGUGCCGUAGACGGAGCCCCUCUAGAGGCUACAGAAAUCCCCACCGUCUGGGAUGCAUUCAGUGAAUCUCAGGCCCAAGCAUCAAAUCCCACAAUUUAUAGUUCAGUCACACAAAAAUUGAGGAAAGAGCGUGGUCAAAAUCUAGACAAUUUCAUGGUCAGCUUCAUGCAGUCCAUCGAGCAGACCACAGAUGUAGGUGAGGAGGUUAUUGAGAUGCGAGAGGAGAGUGAGAGGCGAAAACCAAAUCCGCCAGGACGAAAUCUCGUUUUUGGUGAUUUGUUUGAAGUACAUAAGAAUGCCCACCUGUUACACAACUCUUCCUUAGCGCUGCCUUAUACCAUCAAGGGACCGUCGCAGUGUCUCGUGUAUAUUUUGACUCGAAUACUUGUUGUACCAUCUGUGAUAGUGAAAUUUGCACUGGCUCUAAUACGUCUUUCACGAACCACUGUGGAUUCAGUUAUUUGUCGAGGCCUGGCAAAGCUAGUAGAGGUAGGUUUGCAUGAGCCACGACUGGCAUUUCUGCUUACACUGCUAGAGGAGCAGAUAUUUGGUAGUACCAGACAUCCAGAACCGGGCGGAAGUGAGUUGAAACAGCGCCAGGAGUUAGCUAGGAGGCGAAUUGUGAUGGUUUCGAGGCAGCUAGGCAAUGUUCUAGAUACUCUUCAGUCGCCAGCACUUAACAAACAUCUCAUCUACUGCCUCUUUGACAUAAUUGUGGCUGAAAUGUUUCCCGAAAUGGAUAAUUGUGCACGUGAAUAGGACAAUUACCCUUUGGUUGUUAUUUAUUUUUUUUUUCAUUAUUAGACAAUUUGUACAGAUCGUUUUUUUUUUGUGUAAAAAGUAGAUGAAAUUUAUUAAAAAAAAAUGGGACUCAAUUGUAUAAA